CAUAGCCUUAGUUAUAGUAAAAUACCAUCUUUGUGUUCACUAGUAUACGCCCUUGGUAACUUUUAUAAUAUUACGACACUGCAUAGCUUAGAAGGGUGGGGAAUGGACUACAAAGACUUUCACGUAGAGGGCAAUGAUUCCAUUCCAGCUGCACUUCAGGAAGUCAGGUGAUUGGGGAAUCAGCUAGGGAGGCUUUCACCCCUCAGACAGGUAAAGCCCCAUGGAAUUUUCCCCCUUGUUCUCACACUCAGGUGCCUUGCCUGCACUCUCUAUAAUCACACCCAAGAACCCAGUCCGUGCCAUCACCAAUCAGACAGCUCUGCUGUCCUUCUCCCUCCAAUCCCUGAACUCAGCCUGGGAAUUCAUUUACAUCAAGUGGGAGCUCAUCACAGGCAUUGGGAAUCUCCCCAUCUUGGUGUACAUGUUGGACAACUGCACUGGGACCGCCCGCAACUGGUGGGAGAGAACCUGCCAGCUGACUAAGGAGGUGGCAAAGGAAUAUCAGCAGCAGGCAGACAUCUGCCAGAAUGCUACGUUGGUGAUACGGGGUGUGCAGGCUGAGGAUGCCGGGAUGUACCUGGUAACAGUACGAACCCUGGAUGUAUGGGCCAAUGCGACAGUGAACCUGAUGGUGACUGAAGGAAAAUUUGCCCGGAAAAGCCUCAGCACCGUUAACACUAUCCGUAUGGUCUUUGCCUGCCUGGUUCUCUGCAUUUUGGCACUGGUAGUGGGAGAGUAUAUUCAUGCAUCAGGCAGCAACUUCACUCAGCGUGAGGAGACACUGGGUCCACCCGAGACGCCAGGUGGAGGUGCACCCCUGGUUGGGGCCGCAUAACACAUAAUCAUUGUUCCAUCUACUCCGGUCUCCUUCCACGGACAAUGACCAGCACCAAAUGUUUCAGAGAAAGGAGAAAAUAUGCAUAGUUCACUGUGUAUGAUUAUUUCUUGACUUCCUGCUUGCAGCCAAUCUAUCAUUUAAAGUCCUGAAGCUGGAGUUAGCCAUAUAGCAUGAAAUGAGGUUGGCAUAGAAAUGUUAUUUCCCCUCAUUUUAUACAGCCCUUUAAAAAACCUUCCCUCAGUAUUUGAUUCUUUAACCUCCUACUGCAGCAAGUUCCACAGAUCAGCCCACAAGUGUGGGAGUUAUAUCCUGACCUUGUUACAUUUAAUUUUAGGAUGAAUAUAAUCUCCUCUUCUCCUGUGUUCUACUUGUAAUUGAAAAAAAACCUUCCCAUCAUGGUCAAGUCAGGAAAGAUUUGAGCAGGUGAAGGGGGAAGAAAACUUCUUUUAAAAAAAUCACAGCAAUUGUUAAUCCCCUGGUCAAGCUUUCACAUUUUAUAAUGAAGUGAACCAGCAGUGUCAUUUGAGGGGUCUCUCCUGAAAGGGAAUGGAAUGGGAACAGAGAGCCAAAUCAAGUCAAUCUCCUAGCCCAGGAGGGAAACAGUUGUGAAGAUAGCCACAAUGGCCAGAAUUAGGGUAAAUGUAUUGGACAAUGAGAUGCUGGAGUAAAGCCCCUUUUCUUAUAUCUAAUGUAAGCUGUGAUGGGAGACCCUGGCUAGUCAGCCCUCAUCCUUGUUUCCAUCCAGCAACAGGUCCAGUGGAUCUGUAUGUUCUUGUCCUGCAGAUGGAAAAACCUAAAGGCUGACUGUGAGAACAUGGUCCUAAAGGGUAAACACUAAAGAUACCAAGGCCUCCUGGGCCAAAGGAGGCCUGGAGAGUGGAGCUCAAGACAUUUCUCUGGUUUGUUGAUUGGUAUUCCUCUGUUAGGUGGGCACCCAAGUGUCCUGUUUGCCUUGUUACAUUAUCUGCAUAAUAGCUUCUUGGGUGCUCUAUUGUUGCAGUGCCCUCUAGUGCAGGGUUUCUCAAUCCGUGGAUUGGGACCCUGGAAUGUUUCAAAGGGUCCUGUGGCAGCUCCUGUCCCACGGGGUUGGCUGGGCUCGCCUCCCUGCUCUCUGGAGUACCCGCACCACUCAGGUUAGACCCAGCUGUCAUGACGAUGGGAGCCUGGGUUGGCCAAAUAUAAGUGAGUGGCACUGCAGGCCCAUGAGCCAGAUCACAACUCCACUCACACAAAUUUGGUCCAGUCAGGGGGGCGGGGCUAAAAAUGAGUGGCACUGCAACCCUGGAAGUUGCGAUACCCAGAGCGGAGAGCCAAGACCAGCUAGCCACACAGCACAGGAGCUGUAGGAGAUGCCACUGUGGAGUGAGCGCCGGAUAGGACCCAAUUCCCCUGGGGGGGAAAAUCUGACAGAAACCACCCCAGGGCCUCCAGCUCCAUCCCCAGGCUAUUUACUGGGUUGUGACAGGCCAUAAACAUUUACAAAUGGGUCUUGAGCCCAAAACGGCUAAUGACCACUGUCUAGUGGUUAUGUAGCUAUUUCUUAGUGCAUGUGAGUUUUGUUGUCUUCCACCAGAUAUAUUACCAUUUCAGCACUCUCAGCUGGCACUGGGAUAUUAUUUCUUACUCUCAAAGGCACAGAAGGGAGCAAAGUGAUUAAAGAAAAAGAGAGAAAUUCAUAUUGCUGACAGGGUGAGGCAUGAUGAAGGCAAAUCACAAACUUCCACUCUUAAUGAGACAUUGGAAAGUACCAUAUAAAGUUCCCUGAAGACACAUGAGUAAAAACUACCGAUAUUUUUUUGUUGUUGUUUCAAGUCAGCAAAUAAAGAACACUGACGUCAGCAACCAGCUAUUUCUGCUUUUAGGGCUUUUAAAAUACCUCAAAGAUUUUCCAAGCUGAAAGGAUCAGAAUUAAGGAAGGGAGGGGACAGAGAUUAAUCUUUCUCCUUGAAAGCCAGGCGGCAGAGUUCAUAGCUGUAUUCACGAUUCCAAGAUCUCUCCUGUUGCAAUGACUAGAAUCUUACUUCUCUGGGCCCUUAUAGGUGAGUAAUGUUGGUAGGAAGCUACAAUGCUCCUGGAGUGAAGCCAAGUGGAGGGGUGGGAGGAGGACAAGUGGCGACACCGAUGAGUAUGGUUACACAGCAGCAGUGAAAAUGGGGAAGGAUUUGUUAUUAAUGUAAAUAAAUAUUAGUUAAAUUCUAUUGCACCAUUUAUGUAGGAACUGGCAUAUCAGACUCUAUCUCAGGGGUCGGCAACCUUUCAGAAGUGGUGUGCCGAGUCUUCAUUUAUUCACUCUAAUUUAAGGUUUCGCGUGCCAGUAAUGCAUUUUAACGUU